GGAAAUGAGAGUGUGUUGAAUAACCCAGUGACUUCAACGUACACCCACACUCUGACUGUGACUGGGACUCUGGUGGGAGGAAACUACACAUGUACUGUGUCCAAUAACAAGCCAUCCAGUAAAUCAUCGAGUAUCACAGUUAGCUUUCCAGUUCCAUCUAAUCUGAUGCUGGAGCAAAAUAACGAGACAAGCAUCAAUGUAUCAUGGAGUCCACCUCUCCAGUCUGCAAACAUUACUGGAUACAGAGUGUUCUGGACUCAGUGUGCCUCUUCUGACUGUAUCAACCAAACUGUGAUCACUUCCUCGACCAAUGAAAUACUCACAGGCUUGAUGGAAGGGCAGUGCUACAGUGUUUCUGUGGUUAGAGUCUCAUGUCUCCCAAGCGAUACUGCAACCCGCAAUAUAACUUUAGUUACCAAUCCAGGUAAUAUCAGCAUUGAUGUGGUAUCUACUUAUAGCCAUGGUUUCUCAUUGCUGGUUAACCUUAGUAACUAUGUAGAAAACGGGAUCUAUCGUAUUAUGACCAAUGUGACUUUGUUGAGAUUUUUGCACUGUAACAAUGGUCUUGAAGGCUCUAAUGUGACCUACCAGACAUAUGAUGUGAAUCCAAUGAAUCUAAUCAUUACCGGAUUAGUUCCUAACAGUAAAUACAAUAUGACAGUGGUGGUAGGUAAUGCUCUGGGAAGCAGAAAACAGAGUUUUUCUAAUCAGACUCAGCCAGCAGCACCAUCUGCCCCACCACAAGACAUAGUGGCAGUAAACCAGACCCUCUUCACCAUCACCAUCAGUUGGCAGCCUGUUGACUGUGCCCAUCAGAAUGGGAAUAUAACAGGAUAUGAAAUACGAUAUCGGAAAAAAGACAGUGUAAAUACCGAAGCAGUGUCGGACAGAGUCAUAAUGGGUGCAGAUUAUACCCUAACAGACUUGCAGCCAUCAACUACAUACUUGAUUCAAGUGGCAGCAAACAACACAGCUGGAAGAGGAGUUUUUGGAAGCAUAUCAGCAUCAACACUAUUUGAAGUUCAUGUGAUAUCCACAACAUCAACUUCCAUUAACAUAUCAUGGCCCGAAGUUGACUAUGAAGUCCUAAUCACAUGGAUCAGCACUCUAUCAAGCCAUUGUACACAAAAUAUCAAUCAAAGUUUAAAGAACGAUUCUGUGAAUGGGCAAGCCUCUUAUGUGAUAGAUGGUCUGAAAGUAUUCACCGAGUAUAACAUCACACUUUGCAUAAAUGGCUCUAUCAGUACUUUCAAGACUGUAGUGACUAAUGCAACUGCACCAUCUGCAUCUCCAAAAGGAAUGUCAUGGGAAGGAAGUUCAUCGACAACCAUCGCUAUAAAAUGGGGUCCUGUGCCAUGUGCUGAUCGCAAUGGAAAUAUCACUAGUUAUGUGGUGAUGUUCAGAGAAAAUGGGAAGGAAAUGUUCCAUAAUGAAACUACUACUGGAGGUGAUAUGGAGUUCACUAUCACUGGGUUAGAACCAUCGACUGAGUAUGAGAUUAAAGUUGCUGCUUUCACUGUGGCUGUUGGACCGUUCACUAAUGAAAGCUUGUUUGCAAGCACCACAGCAGACACUAGAGAAGGUGGCAGUAAUGUUGGUGGAGUAGUGGCUGGUGUGAUAGUGUCUGUUCUGUUUCUUAUUGGAGCUACUCUGGGCAUCAUUGCUGCUAUCUGGCUAAUGAGAAGGAAAAAGUCAACUAUGAAGGGUCUUUUCUCAAUGGGUCACUUUAAAGUCAUGCGCAAACAAAGCACCUUGCCACACUCUAGAGAUACACAAGACAUAUCUCUGGACCAGCUUUCCACUGGAGGGAGUCUGGCAGGUGUACAGCUAUCCUCUGAGAAAGAUGAAGUCAAAACACACUUGCAGUCUCACUCUGACAGUCCCUCACAACAGCCAGCUGCAGUACAAGCUAUACCCUAUCUCUCCUAUCUAGCUGAUGAGGAGGUAGAGGAGGAGGUGGAGGAAGAGGCUCAUCCAGUACCCAAGCCUUCAGGUAAGUUUCAUGCGAGACCAGUACCUCUGCCAGUGGCUCUGUUUGGGAGCAAUGUGGAGAAGAAACACACCAACAACAACCAGCCUUUCAUGACUGAGUUUGAGGCACUGGGUGAUGGGGAAGGAAAGACUGUUACUGUAGCAAGGACACCACGGAACAAGAAAAAGAACCGUUUUGCCAACAUUUCACCAUAUGAUGAUAAUCGUGUGAUCCUGAGCCCACUGGGUGACCUCACUAAUGAGUACAUCAAUGCAAGUCAUGUGGACGGUUUCUCCAAACCAAAGAAGUUUAUCGCAGCUCAAGGGCCAAUCCCCAGUUGUAUAGUUGACUUCUGGAGGAUGGUGUGGCAGGAGAAAGUGAUCACCAACCUGGUGGAGGGGAAGAAGACAAAGUGUGAGCAGUACUGGCCGUCCUCUGGGUCUCAGGAUUUCGGGCCGUUCCACGUAUCCAUCACUCACCAACUCACCCUCGCUGACUACACCAUCAGAACACUCAGUGUUGAGCUCUCAGGGAAGACAAGGAAGGUGACUCAUUUCCACUACACAGCCUGGCCAAACCACGGAGUGCCCGACUAUGCCACCUCCAUACUCACUUCCAUAAGAUGUGCUGGUGUUGGUAGGACAGGGACAUUCAUAGCCAUAGACCAUGUCUUGGAGCAGAGGGAGACAGAGGGAGUGGUCGACAUCCCUGGAGUCGUCCUCAAACUACGGCAACAGAGAACUAAGAUGGUCCAGACUCUGGACCAGUACAUCUUCAUCCAUGAUGCAAUACUGGAGUCAGUCACAUGUGGAGAUACUGAGAUUGAGGCUGGGGACCUGAGGAAGAGACUGGCUCAACUCAAGACCAAAGACGAGUCUGGUCGCUCUGGACUUGACCUACAGUUUGCCGAGGUGUGCUAUCAGUACUGGCCUGGGAAGAGAGCACAGGCAUAUGGGGAGUUCAGAGUAGAGCUGCUCAGUGAGGGGUGGAAGAGUGGAUCCUUAUACAGGAAUUUCUCUGAUCAACAAGCUAAGUUUGCCACAGCCCAUCAGGUGUGGCAGUUCCACAUCCCAGAGUGGAGCUCAGACUACCAGUGGUGUGGGGAUGUGAAUGCCAUGGUCUCUGUCAUAGAGGAAGUCUCCAAGGUCCAGAGGAAGUCUGGGAACCACCCCAUUGUCGUCCAUGGACUUAACACAGUGAGUAGAUCGGCCAUAUUCUGUGGUGUGGCCACCACCAUUGAGAGGUCUCAAUCACCCCCAUUUAAUCUGACCCUGGAGCAAAAUAAUGAGACAAGCAUCAAUGCAUCAUGGAGUCCACCUCUUCAGUCGGCAAACAUUACUGGAUACAGAGUGUUCUGGACUCAGUGUGCCUCCUCUGACUGUAUCAACCAAACAGUGAUUAAUUCCUCAACAGUUGAAACACUAACAGGCUUGAUGGCAGGGCAGUGCUACAGUGUUUCUGUGGUUAGUGUGUCAGAUCUCCCAAGCGAUACUGCAACCCGCAAUAUAACUUUUGUUACCAAUCCAGGUAAUAUCAGCAUUGAUGUGGUAUCUACUAGCCAUGGUUUCUCGUUGAUGAUAAACCUUAGUAACUAUGUAGAAAACGGGAUCUAUCGUAUUAUGACCUAUGUCACUUGGUUGAGAUUUUUGCACUGUAACAAUGGCCUCGGAGGCUCUAACAUGACUGACCAGGCAUAUGAUUUGAAUCCAAUGAAUCUAAGCAUCACUGGACUAGUUCCUAACAGUGAAUACAAUAUGACAGUGGUGGUAGGUAAUGCUCUGGGAAGCAAAACACAGAGUUUUUCUAAUCAGACUCAGCCAGCAGCACCAUCUGCCCCACCACAAGACAUAGUGGCAGUAAACCAGACACUCUUCACCAUCACCAUCAGUUGGCAGCCUGUUGACUGUGCCCAUCAGAAUGGGAAUAUAACAGGAUAUGAAAUACGAUAUAGGAAAAAAGACGGUGGAAAUACCAAAGCAGUGUCGGACAGCACCAUCUGCAUCUCCAAAAGAAAUGUCAUGGGAAGGAAGUUCAUCGACAACCAUCGCUAUAAAAUGGGGUCCUGUGCCAUGUGCUGAUCGCAAUGGAAAUAUCACUAGUUAUGUGGUGAUGUUCAGAGAAAAUGGGAAGGAAAUGUUCCAUAAUGAAACUACUACUGGAGUUGAUAUGGAGUUCACUAUCACUGGGUUAGCACCAUCGACUGAGUAUGAGAUUAAAGUUGCUGCUUUCACUGUGGCUGUUGGACCGUUCACUAAUGAAAGCUUGUUUGCAAGCACCACAGCUACCACAGCAGACACUAGAGAAGGUGGCAGUGAUGUUGGUGGAGUAGUGGCUGGUGUGAUAGUGUCUGUUCUGUUUCUUAUUGGAGCUACUCUGGGCAUCAUUGCUACUAUCUGGCUAAUGAGAAGGAAAAAGUCAACUAUGAAGGGUCUUUUCUCAAUGGGUCACUUUAAAGUCACCCGCAAACAAAGCACCUUGCCACACUCUAGAGACACACGAGACAUUUCUCUGGAGCAGCUUUCCACUGGAGGGAGUCUGGCAGGUGGAGAGCUAUCCUCUGAGAAAGAUGAAGUCAAAACACACUUUCAGUCUCACUCUGACAGUCCCUCACAACAGCCAGCUACAGUUCAACCUAUACCCUACCUCUCCUAUCUAGCUGAUGAGGAGGUAGGAGGAGGAGGAGGAGGAAGAGGCUGAUCCUGUCCCCAAGCCUUCAGGUAAGUUUCAUGCGAGACCAGUACCUCUGCCAGUGGCUCUGUUUGGGAGCCAUGUGGAGAAGAAACACACCAACAACAACCAGCCUUUCAUGACUGAGUUUGAGGCACUGGGUGAUGGGGAAGGAAAGACUGUUACUGUAGCAAGGACACCACGGAACAAGAAAAAGAACCGUUUUGCGAAUAUUUCACCAUAUGAUGAUAAUCGUGUGAUCCUGAGCCCACUGGGUGACCUCACUAAUGAGUACAUCAAUGCAAGUCAUGUGGACGGCUACUCCAAACCAAGGAAGUUUAUCGCAGCGCAAGGGCCAGUCCCCAGUAGUAUAGUAGACUUCUGGAGGAUGGUGUGGCAGGAGAAAGUGCCGUCAGUGGUGAUGAUCACCAACCUGGUGGAGGGGAAGAAGACAAAGUGUGAGCAGUACUGGCCGUCCUCUGGGUCUCAGGAUUUCGGGCCGUUCCACGUAUCCAUCACUCACCAACUCAUUCUCGCUGACUACACCAUCAGAACCCUCAGUGUUGAGCUCUCAGGGAAGACGAGGAAGGUGACUCAUUUCCACUACACAGCCUGGCCAGACCACGGAGUACCUGACUAUGCCACCUCCAUGCUCAACUUCCAUAAGGUUGUCCUCAGAGAUCACAAGGCCCAGAGAGGUCCUCUACUUGUGCACUGUAGUGCUGGUGUUGGUAGGACAGGGACAUUCAUCACCAUAGACCAUGUCCUGGAGCAGAGGGAGACAGAGGGAGUGGUGGACAUCCCUGGAGUCAUCCUCAAACUCAGGCAACAGAGAACCAACAUGGUCCAGACUCUGGACCAGUACAUCUUCAUCCAUGAUGCUAUACUGGAGUCAGUCACAUGUGGAGACACUGAGAUCAAAGCUGCGGAUUUGAGGAGGAAACUGGUCAAACUCAAGAGAAAGGAUGAUUCUGGACUUUCUGGACUUGACCUUCAGUUUGCCAUACUGGACCAAGUGAGCGGAAAUGUAGGAGAUGCACAGUCCGUUGCUGCCCGAAACAACCCCACCAAGAAUAGAACUACUGAUUUCCUGCCAGUGGACAAAUGGAGAGUUGUUUUGAAAGGAGAAAAUCCAGACUACAUACAUGCCACCAAUAUCCGCGGCUACAAGCAGCAGAGAGCGUUCAUCAUCACCCAGGGACCGAUGCGCUCCACUGCCAGAGACUUCUGGAAGAUGGUCUACAGCAGGAAGUGUAGUGUGGUCGUAAUGCUAUCAGACCUCAUUGAACAGAAUGAGGAGGUAUGCUACCAGUAUUGGCCAGAGAAGAGGACUCAGAGCUACGGAGAGUUCAGUGUAGAGCUACUGAAUGAGGAGAGGAAGAGAGGAUUCUUACUCAGGACCUUCUCAGUUCAGGAAGCCAAGUCCGGUACAGCCCAUCAGGUGUGGCAGUUCCACAUCCCAGAGUGGAGCUCAGACUACCAGUGGCGUGGGGAUGUGAAUGCCAUGGUCUCUGUCAUAGAGGAAGUCUCAAAGGUCCAGAGGAAGACUGGGAACCACCCCAUUGUCGUCCAUGGACUUGACACAGUGAGUAGAUCGGCCAUAUUCUGUGGUGUGGCCACCACCAUUGAGAGGUGUAAGACAGAGGGAGUGGUGGAUGUGUUCCAGGUGGUCAAGGCCAUGAGAGUUCAGAAACCUGGAGCCAUUCAAACUUUGGAACAGUAUAAGUCGAUCUUUGAAGCUCUUUUAGCGUAUAUGAAACAUACUCAAAUCUUGCUUCUUAGACGUGUUAUAGCUAUAAGCUCAUGCAACACAAUUGUUGUCUUAGUUUUUAGUUCACUUCAUGAUGUUGAUUUACUCCUGAGAUCCUGUAGUCAACUGCCGAUGCGCAUGCGCGUGAAAGGGGGCGUGGAUGAAGGGGGCUGGACUAAUACCGAGUCCAAGAUGGAGUCUCGCCGGGUAGCGGAGGAGAGAGAAUGGGAUCAGUUACGUUUGCGAGAUGUUCGCUCUGACAGGGCGACCUACGCCAGGGACUAUGCUCACCAAGUGAUCGUCGCCAUAUCCCCGUAUCUCUUGCUAUGCAAGUGUGUGGAACAGCUGUUGCCACAUCUCGUGAGGCGAGGUGUAGUGGCCAGUAAAGUCAGGUCGAUCAUCCUCAGCCAGUCCGACACUGAAGCCGCCAGCAGCUUGGAGAGGUUGCUGUAUGGGAGGUCGCGUGAGCAGGGAGUUGAGGUCAGUAUGGUGGAGGGGGUCUACUUGGCUCUGCUGGACUGCUAUGAGGAGUCUGGGAGUGUGUGGUGUCACGGCAUGGCUGUCAGUGGAAUUCAACCCUGAGAUUCCAGUUAAAGUUGCCAGACAUCAAUUUCGAUGACUUGGCAGUUUUACACCAGAGGGUAUCGUCAACAAACCUACCUGAAGGAGACGCAGCCAUGCUGACAGAGAAGCUUGGGCUGAGCAACUAUGGCACUCUCACAGAUCUCAAGAAGAUCAUCCAGAUUGCUUUCAGCACCAGAGUUUCAUUUCACAAGCUGGUGUCAGCUCUUCUGCUCACUCGACACACUGGCCGAUACCUCAGCCUGCUCUUACCCUACUGCCGCUGCAACCCACCGUGUGUGUAUGAAGUGAUACAGGCACUGGGUCAGAACUGGGUGACCCUGGCAGUCUACCUGGGCUACUCUGAGGUGGAGUUUCGUGCCAUAGCCAGAGCUGGAGGGGAAGACCCCCAUCGUCAGAUACAAAUGUUCAUGAGGGUGUGGUGGAUGCCAGACUGUGGGACUGAGGAGACAGUGGGCCUUCUCAAUCAAUUUGUUCAUGGGUUACUAAGAAUUACUAGUCAACCAAUUCUUGUGAAAGUCAGCCACUGGGACAAGGGGCUUGCUCUGCUCAAAGCUUGCCUGGACAAUGACUGGGGGAAAGCUGAAGCUCUUAUAAAGGCAGGAACUCUUUUGGAUGCCCGCAGUGAGGAUGGAAGGACUCCAUUGAUGCUUGCGUGCUUAAAAAUGAAAGAGAAAAUAGUGCAAUUACUCAUUGACCAUGGAGCAGAUGUCCAAGUUAAAGACAAGAGAGGAGAAGCUUGUUUGAACUACAUCGAGACACUGAGAAACCAAUAUAUUCUCGAGUGUAUCUUGAAAGAGUACAGAAAACUUGGAGCAUCAGUUGAUGUGGAAUCCAAGGACACAGGGUGUUCCCCUCUCUCUACUGCCUGUAAGUGUGGAGCCUGUCGCCUCUGCUGAGCUGCUCCUGAAGUAUGGUGCCAACCCAAAUGGAUGUGAAAAUGGAAGGCAUCGUCCUCUGGUGGAAGCCAGUGCUCAGGGACACAUGGGACUAGUUAAUGCAUUGCUAAAAUGUAAAGCAGAUGUGGAUGCAACUGCCCAGGAUGGCUACACUGCACUUCUUCAAGCCUGUAAAAAGAACCACUGGUACUUGGCACAAGUACUCAUUAAGGAAGGAGCUGAUGUGAACAAGUGCACAUCUGAAGGCAUAAGCCCCCUUUUUGUAGCCGUAGAAGCAAAUGAAUAUGGCACUGCUUCAAAACUCAUUCAAAAGGGAGCUUCCGUAAAUUUAGUGAAAUUCCAGUCAGGAGCACUGGAUGGUAUAGUGGAGCUGACUCCACUAGCCCAGGCAGCUGCCAAGGGUCUUAAUGCUAUGGUCCAAUUACUUCUUGACAGCGGAGCUAAUAUCAACUACUUCUGUGCUGAUACACUGCCAGCUCUUGGAUUCACAAUCAUUGGUGACCACGUUGAGACAUUCCACCUGCUCUUAAGCAGUCCAAACCUUGUGAAGACACUGGCAGGGCUAUCAUCGGUCAUUAUUACCUCUGUGAGGACAGAGAAAUACUAUUACACUGAAAAGCUGCUUGAGAUUCUUGGAGGACCGCAAGCAGCUGUGAUGCAAGCCCAACAGGACCACUUACAGUUGCUUGUGGAAAACAUUGCGGCGUACAUGCGGGCUACAUAUCAUCCUGACCUGAGAGAGGUGGAAUCUAUUCUCUUGGUUCCAAACUCUACCCGACAUCAACUAAGACAAUUAGAGCUUGGUCCAGGAGAGCAGGAGAAGAUUAAGUAUGUCCUGACAGACUUCUGCAGGAUCUGUGUUUCUGCAAUCCUUUAUAGCCCUGAGGUGCAUAUCAGUACAGAGAAUCUGAUUGGGAUAGCUCAAGCUACAGGAAACGUAGCUGUUGCUAAUUUUCUCCAACGAACAUUGUCGGGCCCAAUGGUGGACGAAGAACUGCAGCAGAAAUUUCUCAUGGGAGAGCCAUCUCCACUGCGCUUCCUAAUUGAGAACAAGGUUUUCAAGUUGGACAUAUUUCAGAUCGAGGUGUUGAAGUUUCAUCCUGAUGAUUCUGAUAUCUUUUACAAGGACCUGGUUUGGACCUUUCAACAUAUGAGUGGAGGGGCUAACCUUCCUGAUCGUGUUGAACCAAUGCUAAAACAGCUCUUCAGUGCAAGAUUCACUCCCACAACUUCAUUUCAGUCAGGAACACACAGUGGAAUAGAAUCUCGAUUGCCGUUGGAAAAGACAGGUAGACUUGUGAGGGACAACCAACCUCUGCCUAGAGAAGAGAGCAAGAGCGAGAACAUUCUAUCGGAGAAUAUGAGAAACAAUCUUCCGAACCGGUCUCGGCGCUAUACUAAUGCGCCAUUCAGUGCACAGUCCUCCUUUGUUGGGGUGGAGGAGGUAUCUACAACAGACAAGGCAAGAUCCAAGGCAAUGAAAUUGGUUCAGGUUAAAGAGAUCAAUAUGCCUGUGUCUGCCUUCCCUCAAUGCAAGUCUGCUGCUAUUGCUAAUUCUGAUGAUGCCACUCAGCCUAUGUAUCAUCCUUUUGUUUCCUUGAUGUCUCCACCUGUGUCUUCUUUUCAAUACCAAUCUGGCACUGGUACAGAUUCUAGUAGAUCCUCAUCAUUGGCUACAGGAAGCAGCUACAAUCCUGGAGGUGUGCUACCAGUACUGGCCUGGGAAGAGAGGACAGACCUAUGGAGAGUUCAGAGUAGAGCUGCUCAGUGAGGGGUGGAAGAGUGGAUUCUUAUUCAGAAACUUCUCUGUCCAGCAGGCCAAGUUUGCCACAGCCCAUCAGGUGUGGCAGUUCCACAUUCCAGAGUGGAACUCAGACUACCAGUGGUGUGGGGAUGUGAAUGCCAUGGUCUCUGUCAUAGAGGAAGUCUCCAAGGUCCAGAGGAAGACUGGGAACCACCCCAUUGUCAUCCAUGGACUUGAUACAGUGAGUAGAUCGGCCAUAUUCUGUGGUGUGGCCACCACCAUUGAGAGGUGUAAGACAGAGGGAGUGGUGGAUGUGUUCCAGGUGGUCAAGGCCAUGAGAGUUCAGAAACCUGGAGCCCUACAAACUGUGGAACAGUAUCAGUCGAUUUAUGAAGCUCUUUUGGUGUUCAUUGACUCAUUUGAAACAUACUCAAAUUUUACAACAUAAAUUUUAUUUUAUCGUCACAUCAAAUUUUUUUGUGUUCAU